AUGGUGCUUAACCUUGUUCAGCUUGAAGAAAGCCUCGUUUUUCAAACAGGCCAAGAUGUGAUGGCGGGCAACGGUGUAGUAUUGUUUGGAAUGAGCCCUGGAAAUCCAUAUUUUAAAUCUCAUGUUAUUGAGGACUAUGUGCAAUACUUGGGGAAGGAAGAAAGACGAAUCAUUGUUGUUGUACCACAGCAGCCAGCUGAACAUACGUACAGAGCUCUGGGAAGUAAAGAUGCUGUGAAACGAGCCAAGAAAAACUCCAGUCAGCUCAAGUCGCACUGCAGAAGAGCUAUUGAUAGGGUAUGUACAGAAAACAUUAUAAUACUGUCACUGAUUAAUUCUUGA